GAUUUUCCCUUUCCGGCUACGGGUCCCCAAGCGGAGCGAGAAGCAGGAUUGGGGAGCCGAGUGGCGGCGGCGGCAGCGGCGGCGGCGGCGGCGGCUGUAAUGGCGGAGCUGGUACAGGGACAGAGCGCGGCUCCGGUGGGGAUGAAGUCUGAUGGCUUCGUGGACGCUCUGACCCGGGUCCGGCAGAUUGCUGCCAAAAUUGGAGAUGCAAUUCCUCACUUGAAUAAUUCCGCACCUCUAGUGGACCCUUCAGUUUAUGGUUAUGGAGUACAAAAACGACCUUUGGAUGAUGGAGUAGGUAACCAGUUAGGGGCCCUGGUACAUCAAAGGGCAGUAAUAACGGAAGAAUUCAAAGUGCCUGAUAAAAUGGUUGGGUUCAUUAUUGGCCGGGGUGGUGAGCAGAUUUCACGAAUUCAAGCAGAAUCUGGUUGCAAGAUUCAGAUUGCACCAGAGAGUUCUGGGAUUCCAGAGAGGCCCUGUGUACUUACCGGAACCCCAGAAAGUAUUGAACAAGCCAAGCGACUAUUGGGACAAAUUGUUGAUCGCUGUCGGAAUGGACCCGGAUUUCAUAAUGAUGUAGAUGGGAAUAGCACAAUCCAGGAGAUUCUUAUUCCUGCAUCUAAAGUGGGACUAGUCAUUGGCAAAGGAGGAGAAACAAUAAAGCAAUUACAGGAGCGAACAGGUGUGAAAAUGAUAAUGAUCCAAGAUGGUCCUUUGCCCACUGGAGCAGAUAAACCCCUUCGUAUUACUGGAGACCCAUUCAAAGUACAGCAAGCAAGGGAAAUGGUACUAGAGAUUAUCCGAGAAAAGGAUCAAGCUGACUUCCGAGGCGUGCGCAGUGAUUUCAGCUCCCGAAUGGGAGGGGGCAGUAUAGAGGUAUCUGUGCCUAGGUUUGCCGUUGGUAUAGUAAUAGGAAGAAAUGGGGAAAUGAUCAAAAAAAUUCAGAAUGAUGCUGGUGUAAGGAUUCAAUUUAAACCAGAUGAUGGGAUUAGUCCUGAAAGAGUUGCACAGGUCAUGGGACUUCCAGAAAGGUGUCAACAUGCAGCACAUGUCAUCAGUGACCUCAUUCUUACAGCACAGGAACGGGAUGGUUUUGGAAGCUUUUCUGUACCCAGAGGAAGAGGUCGUGGCCGAAGCGAUUGGAGUGUUGGGGCACCUGGAGGGCUGCAGGAGGUAACCUACACAGUCCCAGCAGAUAAAUGCGGCCUUGUUAUAGGCAAAGGGGGUGAGAACAUCAAAAGCAUAAACCAGCAGUCAGGAGCUCACGUAGAACUUCAGCGGAAUCCACCUCCUAAUACAGACCCCAGUGUACGAAUAUUCACCAUCAGAGGCAUACCACAGCAGAUUGAACUUGCCAGACAUCUCAUAGAUGAGAAAGUUGGUGGUACCAAUAUGGGCGCACCUGGAAGCUUUGGUCAGAGUCCUUUCAACCAAGCACCUGCUACACCUCAUCAAAAUACCUUUCCUCCGAGGAGCUCAGGGUGCUUUCCAAACAUUGCUGCUAAAGUGAACGGUAACCCUCACAGCAACCCUGUGAGUGGUCCUCAGGCAUUUAUGACCCAAGGCUGGGGUAACACCUAUCAGACGUGGCAGACACCUGCACAGCAAGUUCCAAGCCAGCAGAGCCAGCAGCAGAACAGCCAGCCUGGUUACAGCAAGGCAUGGGAGGACUAUUACAAAAAACAGAGCCAUGCCGCCAAUGCAGCUUCUCAGGCAAGUUCCCCACCGGACUACACAAUGGCCUGGGCGGAGUAUUACAGACAGCAAGCUGCUUACUAUGGGCAAACAUUAGGGCAAGCUCAGGCCCACAGCCAGGAGCAGUAGAACAAUGUCCUUAUGGCAGUUUUUUUUUCCCCUUGAAAUCAUUGUGAAAGAAAACCUUUUUGUAACAGAGGUUUCUAGAUUUGCAGCCUUUUGAUGAAGAUUUUUUUGUUCGUUUUUGUGAAACACUAGUUGUAGAAUAAUCUAUACUGAACUUUUCUAAGAAUCAGGAAAAAUUAGUAAUAUACUAAACUUCAUGAAAAUGCUGGUAAUCUUUUGAUUUUGUUUUUUUGGGGGGGUAUUUUUUUGUUUUAUUGUUACUUCCAAAUUUGUAAACUUUGGGGUUCUUUUUGGAUCUAGGCACCAAAAUGUACCCCAGAGUAGUGACAUUUCAAACAUGGGAAUUUUUUUUUGUUUGGGGUUUUUUUGUUUUGUUUUUGUUUUUUUCUUGGCGUGUUUCUCUUUUUUCUUUUUGACUUUUCUGUUGCAACAAAGUGGCUUGGAAGUCUUAGGUGUUAUGUAACAAAUCCUAAAAAAAAAUUUUUUAAACAGUAUUUAAAUAUUCUUAAAUAUGUAAAUGCAUUAUUAAAUGUUUUACUUCUAAUUUCUUUUAUUUUGGCUGUCUGAUUUUAUUGCAUUUUUUUUAAAAUACUACAUUAUGUAUUGUAAUUAAUUAUGUGAAUUCUGUAUUGAGACAGUUAACUGUCGGACAGGUUAGGGGAGGGGGGCAUUUUGUAGGGUUUGUAUAAUUUCUAGAGUCUAAAGGGGUAAUAUAAAAACAUGUAAUUUUUUUUAGCAAUACUUUUUUUCACAUGUCCAUUUUGGGUUGCAUUUGUGUAUCUAAGACCUCCAAGCUUAUUUUAAAAAAUUUUAAAAACCUUCCUCUAAACUCUCAGAAAUAUAAAUACUGUUAUUUUUAAUAUUAAAAAUAAAUCAGCUACUAGUAACUUUAACAAACACUGUGGAACAUUAAAACCAUAUAUAAGGUAGUAACUAUUUUUUAAUUCCAAGGUGUUUUUUGCUUUUUUUCAUUUUUCUUUCAAAUAUUUUCAUAUCUAAUAUUUGUCAAAUUACUUAGAAAAAUAAAUGAUUCUAGUAUUAACCACAGUAUGCGCUAAAUAAUUUUGAUUUAAUAAAAAGGAUAAUAUGAUUUCUUAUGUUUAGUGUUUUCUUGUACAGAUAACUGUAUUUUUAAAAGAAAAAAACGGAACUGAAACUAUUUUUUCUUGCAUUUUUAAUUGACCUGAGGGACAUUCCGUUUUGAAAUGUACUGAAUUUACUGUUUGUUUUUUUUCUCUUUCCUUUUAUUUCCCUAUAAUGCUUGAAAUGUCUAACUAUAAAAAAUGCAAUUAAAUAAUGUUGAGCAUGGUGUUUAAAACAAAAUGUUCUUUUUAUUUGACUGACAGUUGCAUUUUACACUCUAUAUAAUAAAAUUUCCACAAGGCUUCUUGUGGGUGAAGUGUU